CUCCACCCUUGUGACCCCGCCUCCGCCGGUGUGGCCCAGCUUCGAACCUCAGCUCGACCUCGGCCCCCUCGGCCCCGCCUCCCGCGGCCCCUGGUGGACCUGAGCGGUCGCCCGCCUCCGCUAUGGCCGCGCCGGUGACGCGGCAGGUCAGCGGCUGCGCAGGUCGAGUCCUGAGCCCGAGCGGCUCGGACACAGAGCGCGGGCAGCCACUGGCAGAUGCCGUGGCGGAGCUGCCGGUGCUGGACGCGUCCGGGAGACGGGUGACGUUCGGCGCGCUGUUCCGGGAGCGGCGGGCCUUGGUGGUGUUCGUGAGGCAUUUCUUGUGUUACGUCUGUAAAGAAUACGUCGAGGAUCUGGCCAAAAUCCCCAAGAGCUUCCUCCAAGAAGCAGAUGUAACCCUCAUAGUGAUUGGACAGUCAUCAUACCAUCAUAUUGAGCCUUUCUGCAAACUAACUGGAUAUUCUCAUGAAAUCUAUGUUGAUCCUGAGAGAGAAAUUUAUAAAAGAUUGGGAAUGAAAAGAGGUGAAGAAAUUUCCUCCUCAGGACAGAGCCCCCACAUAAAGUCCAGCCUGCUCUCGGGAAGCCUUCAGAGCCUGUGGCGAGCAGUCACUGGCCCACUUUUUGACUUCCAAGGAGACCCAGCUCAGCAAGGCGGAACCCUCAUUUUAGGUCCAGGGAAGACAAUGUGUGAAGCCGUGGAUCACCCAGGAAGCAGGAAUUCAUUCCCAGCUUAGGAGAAAACUGUUCUUCAGCCAGUUCAAACACCAGGCAGUAGAGUUCAACUACAACCCUUGCAUGAAACCCUCUGAAGACACACGUGGGGCAUGAGACCCAUGGGCUGCACCUUCUCAGAACAGUCAGCUCUCUCCAUGGGCCUAGACCCUAGGAAGGAAUUCACUGGGAGCCUUCUGCAGUGAACUGCUGUGGAAACAAAAACCUUGAUGAGAUGACUACAAAUUUUGAAAAUCAUGACUGAAAGCAAGGAACAGUCAAGUAAACUGCAGUUCCAGCUACUCAGAAAACUGAAGCAAGGUCUAUUAAGCCCACAAGCCCUGGCAACAGCAGCAUCCAGCUAAUAAAGGAAAACAAAACAAAUCAGGCUGGCCUGUAGCUCAACGACAACAGUAUUUGUUUAGCAUGUGUAAGACCCUAGGUUCUAUCCACAGCACUAGGGAAAAAAAUCAUGCUCAGAUUUUUCUUUUAGGAGAUGGGUAUGUAUGUAGUUCCAUGAUAGAAUGCUGGCCUAACAUGUCCAUCCCUAGAGGCAAAGUGAAUCUUGUUUGUUUUGUUUUGAAAUGGUUGAGGACAUUGUGUUUACCAUGUACACCCGUGAAAAACAAACCAAAAGUGUGCAUAUCUGAGAGGCUGUGUCUUAGUUUCUUUUUUAUUGCUGUGAAGAGACUUCAUGACCAAGAACUUAGAGGAAAGUAUUUAAUGGGGCUCA